AUGCCCGGCUCUCCAGUAAGUACCCGCGCCCCCGAGCCGAACACUAGUGCUCUCAGAUACUUCCUCGCUCACGACCUGAAGACCGUCCAGAUCCUCAACCUCGACAAGGACGAGCGCAGCUGCUGCAUUUGCACUGAUGCCUACGGCGACGAAAAACCGGUCCAGCUUCCCUGUGGUCACAUCAUCGGCGCGAAUUGUAUCCGUGCCUGGCUCUCUGUCAAGGGGCGCAAGAAUAAGUGUCCGGUAUGCAGGUACAUGCUUUUCCCCCUGGAGGAGGAAGUAUGGGAAACCGACGAAGUCAACGAGACGAGCCCCGAACGCCAUCCUUUCUGGGCUGCGCCACCGAGCAGCUAUCCAGAUAAUGCGGCGCUCGAAGGUAGGGUAUACCCGGAGACGGAAUGGAACUGGAUCACAGAAGUUAUCCAUGUUCGCGUUGACGCGGCAGCGAUGAGUGCUACGCUAGACCGACUCUCUGAGGCAGCUGGCUUGAGACAGGGUGUCGCUGACUUCAGCAAUAAACAGACGUACGAGAUCAUGGCCGCCCGCGAGGCUUUUCGAGACCAUCUGCAAUCCUUGGACGGGAUAUCCGUCCCCAUUGGGCGUUUGCACGAGGUGCUCUACAAAGAAGCGCGAAGGGCUAUGAAGUACACAAGAAGAUCUGGAUUCUCGGAGAGGCUGAGCAGUAAAUUCAGGAAGGUGAAGGGCGGGACCUUUAAUUUUCCGGAUGGGCCGUACGGGUUCUUGAAACUGAUGCUUAGGAGAAUCAUUAAUAUUCAGCGCGUCGCUGCUGCGCAGGUCGCGCAUCAAUGA